AUGAAGUCUUUGAUGUCAUAUGAAAUGAAGAAAAUAGAGGGCAACUACAAGUUGUUACAUGACAAAGUUGAUGUGAUUGCUGGUGUUGUUACUCGAUUGGUCGAAUUUCACAACGAGUAUACGAAACAGCUUACAACCAAAUCAGACAAGGAUACAAAGCCGUCACCUCCAUCCUCAUACCUUCAUUCCAAAGGGUUCUCCAUAACCUUUGCUCACUCGGAGCUCAACCCACCAGACCCUUCUAAUCACCCUGACUUCAUCUUCCUCCUUCUGUCGGACAAAUUAUCCGACACCGGCGGCUCUUCCGACUUCAUUCAGUUCUUGCAAGCUCUAAACGAUAACUGCAAACCCCAUCUUCAGAAACACCUCAUCCAGAUCAUAGAUGCACAAAAGGCCUCAUCUCAAAAGGAAUCAAUCGUUAUCAUCCAUGAUAAUCUCAUGUUUUGUGCCGGAUCAAUCGCUGGUGAUCUGGGUCUACCCUCCAUCUUAGUGCGCAGCAGCAGUGCAGCCUGUGUUCCUGCUUACAGAAUCAUCCCUCAGGACCAUAAAGAAGGUCGAUUCCCUGUAGAAGGAAAUGGUUCCGGGACUCCAUCCACUCAGAUACAAAGAUAUACCAUUUAUUGGCCUCACAACACAACAAAGCCUGAAAUUGACAACAUAGUUCUCCUCAAAAACACACCCGGUUGCUUUCAUAUGGAACACCAUCGAUUUUAUUGA